CGGAGAUAACACAAUCAGGACACAAAGGCGAUGUGAGUUACACGGCGUGGUCAGUAUCGCUGCAGCAACCACCAGGUCCUUCUGUGCGCCGGGGAGCUGUGUGCAUCUUUUCCUUCGCGCAGACAGCAAGUAGACAGCAGAAAUGGUGCCGACUCCUGCCGCCAACGCCGCCUCGGCAAACAUGGGUCUCAAGAUUACCUUGACAGUCUUCGGCUCGUUUGGCUUGGCUAUCUGGGGAACAUCCAUCGGCUUCAUGCUUGGCUGGAACCGUGGCAACGUCUUGAUGCUCGCGGGGCUUGCCGAAUACGUCAGCAUCAUCGCUAAUGCCGGCAUGAUUUACGUCACCUGCCGCAUCAUGUUCCUCAUCAUGAACUCAAGUUUCCCCGGCGGGACGAGCCUCCAGGACCUGCAGCAGUGUGUGGCGCGCUUGGUGGCCUUCACGGUGCUCGGGUUCACCACGUGGGUGACCAGCAUAGUGUGGCUAGCUCAGAAUCCUAAUAUGGAUGAAAGCAUCGUAUACCACGCCUGUAACUACGGUUUUGUGAUCAGCUCAGUGGUUGCUGGGCUGGCAGGCGGCCUCUUACGGAUCACCUACAUGAUUCCUGCCCUCCCUGCCGGGUCCCCGAAGUACACCGUUCAACAACAGGGCCACUAUGUACAGAGUCACCAGGGAUCUCAGAGCCAAUACAACAACCCAGCUUACACGGGCCCUUACUCGCAGCACCGCAUGUAAGCUGACGGGAGACUGUGACGGAUUGAUGCAUGAAGGACUGAUACACGGACUGGACUGGCUUAACACAUUCCCUGCCUACAAAAGGACGUUAUUUUGAAACACUUCUGUGACACACCUCCACUACAUUGAGAGGACUCUUAGUUGAAGUUGCAAGGGUUUUUAAGCAUUUUUUAUGGGUAUAGGGGAAGAUUAAUAAGAUUUCUACAUUAUUAGCAGGAGAAACAUUUUUGAUAACCCGGACAGUCAUCUCUGUGGCCUUUGAAAUUAGUCGUGGUGAAAGAGAGAAGUGUUUCAGAAUAGGGGCCAAAGUUCCGCUAUACAUAGAAAUAAUGGUAGAUAGUAGAUAGUAGAUAGAGAGUCAGUAGCAGUAGCUGUCAGAAUACGGAGAUGUUUUGUCUAAGGUUUGAGAGAGAGAGAGAGAGAGAGAGAGAGAGAGAGAGAGAGAGAGAGAGAGAGAGAGAGAGAGAGAGAGAGAGAGAGAGAGAGAGAGAGAGAGAGAGAGAGAGAGAGAGAGAGAGAGAGA